AUGGACCCCAAGUUAGCCGUGCAGCAGGCCUCGAGCCCGGAACAAGCCAAUUUUUACCAUGACUUUGAGAGGUUUGCGGCAAAUUUGCUGGCACCCAAGUUCUACGUCAAAUUGACGUCCCGCUACCAAUUCUCCGACCAGUACAAUGACAUGUGGAACGAGUCCUGGGCCGAGUAUGACGCAUUCGAGGAGAGGAGAGUGGCCCUUGGCGCCCACCGGCUGGACUUUCAGGAACCUCUGGAGGAUUGGAGGCGGGCAGACGACAAGUUGCGCCGCGAAUACUCUCCAAACCAGGUCGGCAUCUUCGGCAAGGUGCCCCUAUAUUACGCCCUUCAUCUCUACAUCGUGGAGACCUCGAAGGAGGAUCUCCAAGUUGAUAGGCUGUACUCGUGGAAGAUGGCCAUGCGCGACUGGAAUCGCUUCAGAGAACUCUACGGGUCCUCUGACAAGUUCCGUGCGGAGCUAUCUCCAAUCCAAAAAACGUCAUUCGGCAUCCUCGACGACUGGUGGAACUCUCGGUACUCGCCAAAGAGAGACAUCGAUGCAUUUCUUGCGUCCGUGGAGGAGCUUUGUCAAAGGGCAUCGAUUACACCGCCGACGUCGUCCGAUUUUUUUCACGAGUGGACGUGCCAUUCCCACUACCAUACCGCCUGUCUUGAGCUCUUCUUUCGCGAAUUCCAUGCCAUGGAGUGGGAGCCGCAUAUCCCCCGGCCCAAACUUCUCAACCUGAUGGCCUGCAGACGAGGCGCGGCGCGGCACGCCAUACAUAUGCGCUUUUCCUGGGCAACCUACAGAUCUCUUGUUCUGAGGAGCCCUACAAACGAAAACGAGCCGGCCCUUCCAGCGUACGUCCAGCCGGUACGAGAGACGGACGGGUGGAAAAACAACAUCUUCUUCCAGGAGCCGCCCAUGGGCGACAUCUCCCGCGACGCUUACGCAUUGAUGUUGGACGUCGCCACCGAUCCUCCGCGCUAUCUGUGGGAUGUGAAGGCCAAGCAAACGGUUCGGACGAGCGACUUCGCGAAGUGCCCUGACUACGUGUGUGUCAGCCACACCUGGGGGCGGUGGACUUGCCGGCCGCCGAAGCUUGUGCGUGUCCCCAACGUGCCGUGGGAGAUCAAGGCGAACACCUUGUAUGACGUUCUCGACGUCCCAGAAAUGCUUCUUGGCCUCAAGGCGGACUACGUCUGGCUCGACCUCUUUUGCCUACCGCAGAAUGACUCCCCGGAGCACCAUGCCGAGGUCGCCAACCAGACUGCCAUCUUUAGACGAUCCAAAGCAUGCGUGGCGUGGCUGAACGACGUCGAGGAGUGGAAAGUCACAGCCGCUGCUCUCGACGAUAUCGGGCUCCGGUACCUGCAGAACACUUGCAACCACCCGGAUCUAGAGGUGAGCGAUGAGAUUCGCCAAGAGACUCACCGAAGGGCAAGGGCCCAACCUGAACUCCUGAAGCCUGGAACGAGCGUGGAGCCGUCUAGCUGGUUCUCUUCCCUUUGGACGCUUCAGGAGACUGUCCUGUGUCCGAAUCUGCAGCUGUGCACCAGAACUAUGGAGACGCUCAGUGACGGAACUGGGACGCCGGUGUCCCUGUCCACGCUCCUUACCCUCGUUGAUUUGCCCAAAACCCCAUCCGGAGUCCGCACCAAGCAGCUCAUUAGCGUGGGUAACACGUCUGGAAGUCAAAUCCCAGAUGCUUGCCUGGCACUCAGCCGACUGUCGCAUAAGACGCAGCUCGGCUGGGUCCUCAGACAACUAACCCCCAUCGACGUCAUGAUCAACGCCAACCUCCGUGUAUGUAAGCGGUCCCGCGCAGUGGCCAUCAUGUCGGCUCUUGAUGUCGUGGAUUGGUACAAGGAGUGCAAGCCGGACAAGGACGGCAAGGUCAGUAGUACGGGACAUGACGAUGACGUGCUCGUGCUCGAGACGUUUCCCCUCUCGUUCAUUCGCGAAGCCGCCAGCAAGUUGGGGUCGUCCUUCUACUCGGCCCUGACGGACGUCAACGCCUACCGCAUGGAGAAGUUUGACACCUUGACCGGGUUCGGCGACUAUCAAGUCGGCAGCAUGAUGCCCUUCACCAAGAACCACGGGUGGGUUUCCUCGGUGUAUGCGGCCGCUCCAGUGUCCCAGCUGAGGAGGAGGGAUCACGAGGCAGUGGCCGGCUGGGUGAUCCAGGAAAACUCUGGCGUGCGAAUUCGUUAUGCCGGCAUCUUGGCUUCGUCCGAGGACCCUCUGAAGAACGAAGAGGCUCCCAUCAAGGCUCUCGUCACUACCAUAGGCAGAGAGAGGGAGGAGGGAAGUGGGAGAGGUAGGAUGAUGCUCAAGAAGGAUCCCGACACGGACCUGCGCUCCAAGCUUCGGGAAUUGGCUGGUAAGAAAUCUGUCUACUAUGCCGUGGUCCUGUCCGACGACUUUGGACUGCAGUUUGGUUUGCUGCUCCAGACGGCCAAAAUACGGCUCCCCACACCAGGGAUCAAGAGAUAUCUGUGCAAGGUUGGCAUCUUCUGGACCCAAAGCAGGAUGGACACGGUGCCAAGCACAAAAGUAAACUGGGUCGUGGCAUAA